AUGAGGCCAGCUCCCCUGGAGGAGGAAGACUGCCUUCCGUACACCCUUCCGUCUGGUCCCCAUUCGACCAUCAAACCCGACCUCUCAUACGCGGCUAUCAUCGGACAAGCUAUCUUGGCCUCCCCGAUCCAUGCUCUGGCGCUACAAGAUAUCUAUGAGUUCAUCACCACUGUCUACCCCUACUACAAACGUGGUGAACCUACCUGGAUGAACUCUGUCCGACAUGCCCUGAGUACUAUGGCGGUAUUCCGUAAAGUUCCGCGGGACAGGUCUGAGGGGAAAAGCUUGUGGGCCGUCUGGGAUUGCGACCUUCCUUGCUUUGAAGGCGGCGGGUUCAAGAAAAUUCUGUGCGCGGACAUGAUGAACAGCGCCCCAACCUCCAAAGCCUCCAAGAAGCGCGCGGCCGACGAGUCGGGUGGUUCGAAAGUGAAGCGCAGGAAGACUGUCGAGCAGCCAAGCGACGACACUCAUCCCCUCCCGGUAAUGACACCUGCGCCGAUGCUGCCACCAUACUUCCCCCAUGUCACUCCCGCUAAUCCCUACCACCAGCCCUACUAUCAGCUUGCUUGUUCUCAGCAACAACUUCCUGCUGACGUGCUGUUCCCCCCUUUACCACCCUCCUCCAACUAUCACCGCGUCAUUUCUCGGGCUGCGUCCAGUUCAACCUCGCUGAACUCUACACAUAGCCAUCUAGGCGUCGCCUCGACGUCAAGUGGUGUCCUCCCUCUUACCACUUCACCUAUCGAGCGACCACCGUCGUCCUCCUCAGUGCCGGAGCUGGUUGCGAGCCAUAGCUCUUCUUCGAGUCCGGCACUGUCCUCACAACCAAGCUUGCACGACGAGGGCUCGCGCGAUCCGUCUCCUGUCGUGGCGUCGGCGUCUCCUAGCAUGCAGGGACCGAUCGAGGAUCCGGAUGCGCUGUGGUUGCAAUCCGACGCCCCUGGUCCGUCCCAACCGGCGGCACCCUCGAAGUCGAACAAGAGAGACCUCGGUAAAGGCAAGGCAAGGGCAGAGGGCAGCACUGCCAAGAAGCGUUCUAAGCCAAUGCCAGUCCUCCCUCCUCCUCCAUCUCCUACACUGGAGAGGCGAGCCGCGGCUACUACUCGGUAUGGCUUCCGGACCCCCCAGAAGAAGGCUGGGAAGAGCAACCCUACGAAGACCAGUCCUCCGUCUAACUCACAUGCGGUCGUAGCUCCGGUCAUUGCGCGUCCUGUCACGCCUCCAUCCAUGACUGCGAGUGUGGAAGAGAUCAUGCGCGCGAUGGAGGAACAUGCGGCGUCUGGCCGAUCAACGCGUUCUCCCUCUCCGUUGUCCGAGGUAGAAGUGACCACGAUGGUUACCUCUGCAUACUCCGAUGUCGAGGAAACAGACGAAAGGCCCUCGACUCCCGAGUAUCCACCCUCAUCGUCCUUGCCAUCUACUCCUCCACAACGCCUGGAAGACCUCGAGGCGGAACUGUUCAACUUCUCCCCGUUCAAGUCACCACGCAUGCGUGCGUUUUCAAGGCACGGCAUGUCCCCCGCUUUCAUCGACCAGAGCCACGCUCCGAUCCCAUCUCUAUACUCGUCUCGCGCUCCAUACCUCCGCCCGGACGAUGUCGAUGACCUACUUGCCAGCGAGGCAGGUCCCUCUACCGCACGUUCGCCGAUAGAUAUACCUAGGACGCCGAAGAAGACGCCUUUGCAGCGGCCCUCGAGUUCGCGCUCCAACCCACGGCCCGUUUCCCCGUUCGGAACACCUUCUCGUGGAACUCGCAGCGCGUUCGACGACGAUUUUGCGAGCUUCUUCCAGAGCCCUGGGGGCUCCAGCCUCUUCGACCCGUUCUUGCCUGGGCUAUCCAAGUCACCCGUCCUGUAUGGCCUGCAGAGCCCCGGGUUCGGCGGGCAGUACUGAGAGCCCGUCCCGGCGUCGCGAACGGGAUGGCACACUCGGGACCAUCCGCAUAUCACUGGUUGCUUUCUUGGCUAUCUUUUUUUCGUUCAACGUGUUAAUGACUUUUAUGACCUGUAAUGUCUCCCUACCUCGGCCUCCCGGCCAGUAUCGCCCUACGUUAUCCACCUAUUCUUAUUGGCUUCGGAUGUUCCGAUCAUACAUGGACACUGUCGUUCUGUGCUAGACGGGACUCCAUCCGCCAUUCACGGCUUCGCAUAUCUGCUUGCCCACGUCUCCGUACAUACUGUCUCGACCCCCAUAUCAUGCUGCCUCACACGAC